GCUGGUUAUAUAAAAACUGAGCAUGUGAUCCCCUGAAGGCUUGAAUCUUGAGCAAGUCACUCUUCUUGACAUUUCUUGGGAAUAAUCCUGCCAUGACAUUCCAUGCUUGGUGUUGUAUUAGCCUGGGCUGGUUCCAUAUGCUGAAGUAUCUUUGAAGAAACUGGCAUUUUCUGGACGUUCUUGAUGCUUCUGUUCUUGGUCUUCCUUGAAUGAUCUAGUCCUGAGAAAUAAGGCAAAAUCUUUGGCUCAUCUUUCAAACUCCCUCAACAGACCUCUCAUGAGAGCACUAAAUGUUGGAUGUUGUAAUGGGAAGAGGAACAGAGAUAACAGAUGAAGAAAUUGAAGCCUAGAGAAAAGAAGCAACUUGUUCAACCAUACAAGCAGUAUCUGGAAAGACAAGCCCAGGGAAGGUCACUGACCUGAAAUUCCUGCUACCCUCUAUGGCCUCAUCUAACUUCUCUGAGAACAUCUGCAAUGUGUCCUAUGAAGAGAGCAAGCUAUUCCUGAGUGUGAUGUACAGCAGUGUCUGUGCACUGGGCAUUCCCACCAAUUGUUUCACUGCCUGGCUCUCCCUCUUGCAGGUGCUGCAGGGGAAUGUGUUAGCUGUAUAUCUCUUCUGCUUAGCCAUCUGUGAAUUGCUUUAUGUGACAACCUUACCCUUCUGGAUUAUUUAUAUCAGGAAUGAUCACAAGUGGACAAUGGGUUUUCAGACCUGUAAGAUAAUUGCCUAUGCAUUUUUCUGUAACAUCUAUGUCAGCAUUUUAUUUUUGUGUUGCAUUUCUUGUGAUCGUUUCAUUGCUGUGACAUAUGCCUUGGAAUCCAGAAGAUACAGAAGCCUAAAAACAGCUAGGUCCAUUUCAAUAGCAAUCUUUUUUAUUGUGGGGUUAGUUCACUAUCCAGUUUUUAAAAUAGAAGAAGAUCAAACUUGUUUUGAAACCCUUCCAGUAAAUAAGGAAAUAGCUGGUUAUUAUUACUCUCGCUUUGUAGUAGGGUUUGCCAUUCCUCUCUCCAUUAUCAUUUUCACAAACUACAAAGUUUUUAGGAGUAUCAAGAUGAGUCCAAGCCUGAAUGCGAGCCAGAAGGCCAAAGUGAAAUAUUUGGCUCUUUCUAUAGUUAUCAUUUUCCUGGUCUGUUUUGCUCCCUAUCAUGUGGUACUUCUUGUUAAAGCUAUAGCCUUUUCCUUUUAUAAAGGCGAAAAGAAGAAAAUGUGUGCUUUUGAAGCCAAGAUGUAUACCACUUCAGUGAUAUUCCUGUGCCUGUCCACUUUCCAUAGCAUAGCAGACCCUUUCAUCUAUGUGCUAGCCAGUGAAAACUGCAGAAAGGAACUAUACCGUAUUCAAAAAGGAUGGAAAAGAAGGUCCACAAAGACUGAUAGUACCAACCGAAAGCAUUCGAAGUCAAUGGAGGAGUUAACACCAAAACCUGAAAACUCAUCAGCUUUCUAGUGCCCCACAUUCUGGAGUGGUAUGACCAGAUAUCUGUGACUGUUUAUUUUUUAAGAAGCAUGCUGCUGAAAAAAGCGAGACCAUGGCAUUUUCUUCACAGCACCUAAAGAACUGGGUUCUGUUUAAUGCUGUAUUUUUUUUCAUGGAUUGUUUUCUACCUUACAAUGUCCACAAAACAGUAAGGAUCACUACAGUAGACUUCUGUGAUCAUCAGAACAAUAUGCUACUGGGUAAGAGACAGAAGGGAGGAUAAAUGGAAUAGACUUGGGGUAAAUGACCUCAGCAAAGCUAGUGUUUGAUAAACCUAAAGAUCCCAGCUUUUGGGACAAGAACUCACUAUUUGAUGAAAACUGCUUGGAAAAUUGGAAGACAGUAUGGGAGAGAUUAGGUUUAGAUCAACACCUCACACACUAUACCAAGAUAAAUUCAGAAUGGAUAAAUAAAGAGGGAAAUUAUAAGUAAAUUAGGUGAACAUAGAAUUGUGUAUCUGUCAGAUCUAUGGGAAAGGAAAGAAUUUAAGACCAAGCAAGUGAUAGAGAACAUUACAAAAUGCAAAAUGAAUAAUUUUGAUUGCAUUAAAUUAAAAAGAUUUUGUACAAACAAAACCAAUGCAACCAAAAUUAGAAGGGAAGCAACAAAUGGGGGGGGGGGGGGAAUUAUAACCAAAACCUCUGACAAAGGUCUAAUUACUCAAAUUUAUAAGGAGCUAAGUCAAUUGUACAAAAAAAUCAAGCCACUGACAAAUGACAAAAGACAAUUGACAAAUAGUCAAGGGACAUGAAUACACAGUUUUCAAAUAAAGAAAUCAAAACUAUCAAUAAGCACAUGAAAAAGUGUUCUAAAUCUCUUAUAAUUAGAGAAAUGCAAUCAAAACAACACUGAGGUACCACCUCACACCUAGCAGAUUGGCCAAUCUGGCAUUAAAGGAAGAAAAAUGUUGGAGGGGUUGUGGCACUAAUGCAUUGCUGGUAGAGUUGUGAAUUGAUCCAACCAUUCUGGAGGGUACUUUGGAACUAUGCCCAAAGGGCUUUAAAAGAAUGCAUACCCUUUGAUCCAGCAAUACUACUACUGGAUUUGUACCCCCAAAGAGAUAAUAAUGAAAAUUUUUUGUCCAAAAAUAUUAAUAGCUAAGCUCUUUGUGGUGGUAAAAUUGGAAAAUGGGGGGAGGGGUCCCUCAAUUGAGGAAUGACUGAACAAAUUGUGGUAUAUGAUGGUGAUGGAAUACUGCUGUGCUGUAAGGAAUGAUAAACUGUAGGAUUCCUAUAUGAAUUGAAAGAACCUCCAGGAAGUGAUGCAGAGUGAGAUGACCAUAACCAAGAAAACAUAAUACACGGAAAAUGAAAUAUUGUAGAACAAUACAAUGUAAUGGACGUCGCCAAUACAAAACAAUCCCAAAGGACUUAUGAGAAAGAUUGCUGUCCAUAUUGAGAGAAAGAACUGUGGGAGUAGAAACACAGAAGAAAAACAAAUGACUUAUCAUUUGUUUAUAUGGAUAUAUGAUUCAGGGCUUUGGUUUUAAAAGAUUGCUCUAUUGCAAAAUAUGGAAAUAGGUAUGAGUGAUAACAUUUGUAUAACCCAGUGGAAGUACUUAUUGAAUCUGGGAGUGGGGAGGGAAAAGGGAAGGGAAAGGAAAUGAAAUAUGUAAACAUGGAAAAAUAUUUUAAAAUUAAAAAAAUCUCAAUAUGUCCAAAAUAAAAUUAAUUUGUCUUUUCCCCCUAAACCCUCACCACCUCCUACCUUCUUAAUUACUGUAGAAGGUAAUAGCCUUCUAGGCUAUAAGUUUGGGGUUUCUAGAUUCCAUGUUGACAGUUUCAAUUUAUUUAAAAUACUAUAAAAAGUGCUGUUGUAAAUAUUUUGGUGUAUAUGGAGUCUUUUUUUUAAAUCAGUAACCUCCUUGGGAUAUGUGCCUAGAAAAGAGUCUAGAAGCAAAAAAGCAAAGACAGUUUGAUCACUUUAUUUCCAUAAUUACAAAUUGCUUUCUGAAAUGGUUAUACAAGUUCAUUGCGGAGCAAAUCUUUUUUUAUAAAGAUUUUAUUUUACCAAAAUAAAUUGUAAUACAAUUUUCUACACAAGUUUUCUGAAGUUAAAUGACCCAAACUGUUUCCCUCCCUCCCUUCCCUUACCCAGGAGAUGGUAAACAAUUUGAUCUAGUUUUGUAAACCUCAAAAUU